AUGGCUGGUCCAGAGACAGGUACUGUGAUCAGCUCAGCUCAUGGUGGAGGGCAAGAAAGUGUUGGCCCCUCAGCUUCACAACAUCCAGCAGCACCUCAACACCCUUCAGCGGUCAAACGAGUUUCACUACAACCUGGAGAAAACCGUGGAACUUCUGUGACCUUUGACAUGAGAGGAUCAUCACCUUUGAGUUCAGGAUCCCUCAGAAUGGUCCAGUUCUACUACCUCGACAACGACAUGAACGAGCUCCAGGAGGAUUUUCAGUGCGAGGUGGACAACUCACCUCCUUUUAGAGUCAUCAUUGACUCUGGAGCAGAUGCCCCAGUUUUUCCUGCUUCACUUGCUCAUUGUGGACAAGCACAUCAUGGUGAACAAGUGGCUUUGCAGGACGCCCAGGGCAACCAGAUUCCAACUAUGGGGCAGAGAGCAGUCUCAAUUCUGCUCGAGGACAACCGUGGAAUUGGGAUGGAGCUGAUUGACAACGUGGUCUUCUCACCUGAGGUGACGCAGCCCAUCCUGAGCUAUGGUCGUUUGAUGAAUGCUGGUUGGAGCAUUGAUGCUCAACAACAAUGUCUACGCAAUGGUGACUAUGCCGUGCCCCUCAUGCUGCAGAACAACAGCCUGGUGGUGGAAGCUCGGGUGCGCACUAUCACGUCUUCUACCUGUACCUCGUUGCCUAUGGAGGUGCGCUCUAUGAAGGCGGUCUUCACUUCUGGACUUCAAGGCUAUGUGGACACUGGCUUUGGAUGGAACAGAGAAGGUGCCAGAUGGAUUGGAGUUCACUUGAGCAACAAGUACCAGGACCCCAUCUACAUCACUGGCAUCGACAUGGAGGUGGAAUGGCGCAGGGCGACGGUCAUCAAGAAGGACAACGAGUGGCUCAUGGUGGAAUACUGUGAGAAAGUGACAGAGAUGGUGGAUGCCAACCGCUUCAUUGAGGAGACGAUCGGCAGAACGACAUCCUCAUGGACAAGCACUUGCGAAGGAGCUUCACAUGAAAGCGCCAUCCCCAUCAUCUCCAUGGACUUUGCGGUGACGAAGAAGAAAGAUGGCCUGGACCCCAAUCCUGAAGGUUACCUGAGUGCCAUCCCGAUCCAAGCAAAGAGCCAGCUGCACUACAUGACCCACGAAGUGCUGACCUUUGUGCAGACGCUGGGGUGUGCCGAGGUUGGUUUCUAUGGUGACAAUGAGCCCACGAUCAGACAGAUCCUCAAGACGGUGAUCACCUCACGUCAUGCACUUGGCCUUGUGGGAAAGGACGUGACCUCCUACGAGCUCAUCCAUGGAAGGACCUAUGCUGGCAAGAUAUGCCGAUUUGCAGAGCCAGUCUAUGCCUACUGCAAACCACGUGGAAAAGCUGAUGUUGCACCACAACGCCAAGAAGGACGAGUUCUUCCGAAGCUUUCUGAGGUGGAGCAGCGCUUUGCAGAUGAAGAGGCAGCUGCUGUGAUGGCCUAUGCAAGGUCAAGGCAAGGAAGAUUGGAAGCACAGCAAGAAGUUCGAGAAGCUCUUGAAGAACUUCCUGAUCGACCUCUUGGUGGAACAACGUCUGUGGUGGAUCCUUUGCCUGCUCAACUUGGAGCAGGAGGAGUUCAAGUUGCAGCACCAGGUGAGCCCAGCAACGCUACGAUGUUAGCGAUGCCUUCUUCGCCUCGUGGACAAGUUGGACGCGAAGGACAGCGACCAGAUGGCGAAGAACCUUCCGCGAAGCGAAGCUGUGCGGAAGAGAGCCUUGUUCGCCGAAUGGCGACGAUCGAGCGACGCUUGGUGGAAGUUGAGUUCGCUGGCGACAAGUGCUAUCACCUCGACGAGAUCUACUCCCAGGAGAAUGUCAUGGCUUUGGAUGAUGAGCUUGGCGAAAAGGAGCUCAAUGACAACCUCAACGUGAACAAGAUCCCUGAGGAACUUUGGUCAGAUGCAUUGCUGACCAGAACGCCUCCGGAACCACUUCCAGAAGUUGAUCGAAAGGCUGAUGAAGUUGAAGUUCAAAGACUACAAGCUAUGGGAGUCCUCGCACCACUUAGCGAGGAGGAGGAGAGAACACUGGGAACAUUGACGACAAGAAUGGUCUAUGAUUGGCGAGUAAAGGACUACACCGACCCGAAGACCAACACUACGCGAAAGAGAUGGAUGCGAAGGGCGAGAUUGGUGGCGAGAGAAUAUGCCCAUCAACGACGUGACGAUGUGCAUUCCCCAGCCUCUGGUGGACAAAGUCUUCGCCUACUACCAGCCCUUUACCUCAUGCUGAGGUCCGUGGACGGUGUGGAGCAGAAGGAUAUCCAGAUUGGAGCCCUGGACAUCAAGGACGACACCUUUGAGUUCCUGAAAAGGACCUACAAGUUGAAGGAUGACGGCAUUGACAUCAUGCCGGGACGCUACGAUGAUUCGAUGAUUGAAGCCUUUGAGAACCGCUAUGGCAAGGUGAAGUUGCAAUCAGUGCCGUGUGGAGAAGAUGCCCAGGACAUUGGCUCCACGCACUUCUUGCCGAUGGACGAGGCGAUGCUCUACAGAUCUUUGGUGGGAAGCGGCAUUUACUUGUCGCAGGAACGAAUUGAAGUGGCCUUUGUGGUGAAACAGCUUGCUGGUGGGAUGAGCAACCCUACCUAUGGACAUCUUCAGGUGAUGCGCAAGCUGAUUGGCUACUUGAAGGCGACGAAGGGCUACCAUAGCCAUUUGGGCUAUCCAAGUGCUGGACAAGGAGUUCACCAUCACUACGAUUCCAAGUGGGUGGUGGAAAGUUUCACUGAUGCAGAUUGGUCUGGGAACAAGCAGACUCGACGCUCUACAAGCGGCGCCAUUCAUUGUGUGAACGGCUUGGUGUGUUUCCAUUCGAGCCGUGGCCAGAAAGUUGUGAGCCUCUCCUCAGCAGAAUCAGAGUUGCACAGCUUAGUUUCAGGAGCGACAGACGGCGUGUUUGUGAGACGUUGUCUUGGCUUCUUGAUUCAGGAGGAAGUGGACGUCUUCGGACAUGGGAAUGGGAAGGAGCUUUGGAUCCAGGACCAGGUGGCAGCCCAUGAGAUGGAAGUGAAGCAGAUCCGCACAGUGCUGAACAUUGGUGACAUGGGAACGAAACCACUUGGUAAAGCUCGACUUCAAGCUCUGAUGUGCUGGUGCAAUAUCCGGGACAAGAACGACAAGUUGGUCGGCGAGGACGAAGCUUCAAAGCUCAAGGAGACCCAAUUGAAUAAGGCCAAGAUCAUGCGAGUGGCGAAGAUGCUCUACGCUAUGGUUUUGGUUGGCGGCCUUGAGUCCGCAGAUGCUAUGAUGAUUCCCUUGCAGGUGGACCCGCCGGAAGUCUACAUCCAGCGCUAUAUCAUGGUGCUUGCGGUGAUCUUCAUCGUGACCAUGUGCAUGGUGGUGUUCUAUGUGGUCAAGGCCUUUCAAGUACUUCAUGGACGAGUUCGGGCCUUGGAGCAAGAUCUUCAGCGAUGCUCCAACGAGUUGGAGAUGCACCAUCUACAUGGCCAAGCACUGCAAAUGGGUAUCAUCAGGCUUGGUGGCUACGUGGACCUCAACGAGCACAUUUCCGAGAAUGACUGGGACAACUGGAACUACAUCCAGAAGCAGAACAUCGUGGAGGAAAACUAUGACUGCAGGCGCGUGCUCAGAUCUUUGGGCAAGGACACGCGAGCCCUACAGAAACGAGCUUCGACGCCUACCCCGAGGACAUCGCGUUCUCAUGAUGAUCUUGGAGGAGAAGAUGGAUCUGAAGGAGAUGACCUGGAGACUGCCGAUGAGCGCAGACAGCGCUAUCUGCAGGCCACGAUGAGUGAAGUCAGCGACCCCGACGAUUGGGCCGAUCUUCACUAUGGACCUCACUCCAGUCCUCCGAGACGAUCUUCGAGAAGGAGUUCGCGAAGGACCUCCCGUGCGCGAAGUUCAAGGGCAAGAUCUCCAGAUGCUGAACCUGAGGGAGCUGAGAACUCAGGUGGCGAAUCCGAGGACGCUCUGAGGGAAGACUUCCGAGCAGACACCUUCCUCGAGUGGCCUAGCAUCGAUUGGAGAAGUUCUUUCAACAGAGCCCAGUUGAAAGCCUGUAGAGUGAUUGUGGAUUUGUGUUUCCGCGCUAUUGAAGCUGCGGAGAAUGGGCAUGAACCUAUGGCCCAGUGGUGCCAAGCUGAAACUGCUAAACACAGGCAGUACAGCGACAUUGGCAUGCUCGAACUGCCAAUGCCAAAUGGCACCUAG